AUGAGCUCAACGAGUAGGAUCGCGGCUGCUCGAGCAUUGACAACACGAUCAACUCGACCCCUGGCCGCACAGCCAUGGUACGCCGCCGCGACCGCGCUACGGCCUUACUCCUCCACGAGCUCAUCACCGUCAUCGUCACCGUCCCCCUCGUCAUCGGCGUCGACUAGCACCGGUACGAGUGCCCCUUCCCCUUCUGUUGAUCGACCAACGGCCAAACCUCAACCGACGAAUCUGCCUGGAUCGAACCUGCCCGGCGCAGGCAAGUAUUCGCCCUUGACCGUGUCGAUCGUCACCAAGGUCGCCAAGCUGUUCGGCUACCAUUCGCAAACAUCGACCGCGAUUCGUACCACCUCGGACUACUACGAUCGAUGUGCCGAGCGAGGAGAGAUCGAGGCACCUUUUUUUUAUGAGGGUCAGUCGAGUGGGAAAGAUCGGUCGCACGGUCGAUCGGUACAACCGAUACGAGGACCUCACUCGCGAUCGCUGACACGACGUCAUUCAUAUUGUGUUGCUGCAGAAUGCUCUCUUCCGCCUUCGUUCCAAACCUGGUUCUCGGUCACGACUCUGCACGUCUGGUUGCUCUCAGUUCGAUUCCGAUCGCUACCGCCGCCGCUCGGUCGAGCCUACGUGCAAGAGCUUAUCAACCAUUUCUUCAUCGACGUCGAGUUGCGCAUUCGAGGUCCCUACGCCGUCACACAGAGCAAGCUGAUCAAGGGCUACAUGAAGGAUAUGCUCGAGCAAUACCAUGGCUCGUGCGCCGCGUACGACGAGGGGCUCAUCUCGAGCGAUGCCGUUCUCGCCGCGGCGUUGUGGCGCAACAUUUUCGGGGCAGGAUGGGGUGGUGUCGGAGGUGUCAAGGGCAAGCGAGCACCCAAGACGGGUGAGGUUCCCAAGUUGGGCCCGAACCCGAACCCUUUCGCCGUCGAUCCGGUCCAAACCAAAGUGCUCAAGAAGGAUCAGGCCCCCUCCGAAGUCUUCACCACCGAUACGCCCAUCAUCGAUCCCAAGCGAGUCGACCAAACGCCGCUCUACCCCGAUGACCCCGAUCUCGAGUUCGCGAUCAGUUUGGAGAAGAUGGUGCGCUACAUCCGGAGGGAGGUGAUGAGGAUGGAGAGGCUGCCGGACCAGACCGUCAUGCUUGCGCGACCACCUCAGGGGCCGGGAAGCUUGGUCGAGUUUACGCGAUUCUGA